AUGGGUGCAACGGUCGAAGCAACUACACAUCCAGCGGCAGCAACAAAGACGGAUGAACACACGCUUUUUGACACUAACACCGCAGGUGGAACAGGUGGGACUGUUGGAAACAGUUUGGCAGGCUUGGUUGGUGAGAACGAUGAUGACGCAUGGUCACAGCCCAAGGAACCUUACGUGGGGAUGAGGUUUGACACUUUGGAAGGUGCAAAGGAGCACUACAAUGCGUAUGCUCUGCAGCUUGGGUUUUCCAUCAAAAUGAAUACAGCAAGGAGAACUGGCGCCACUCGUAUGUUGGUAAAGCAGCAAUUUGUUUGCAACAAGUUUCGGAAACCUACAGAGGACGAUGGAGGUGUAGAAAAGCCCCCUGUCCUAGACAAAAUUGUUGAUCAGGCAGAACAUGUUGACGAAGAUCAUGAUAUUGUCUUUCUUGAUGAUGAAAGGCGUAUGAUGCAUAUUAUGUCAGACUUCUAUGGCACAGAGCUGAUCGUCCCCUAUGGUACUAAGCACAUUACAAACCUGAAGACAAUGUUAAACAAAGAUGCCACCAAAGAAGGAGAUAUGAUUGAGACAGUUGCCUACUUCAAAGAUCAACAAAAAGAUGAUCCAGACUUGUUUUAUAAGAUAAAGUACGAUGAGGAGGACAGGGUGGAGAACAUUUUCUGGGUUGACGGUGCAGCUAGGAAAGCUUAUGUCGAGGCUUACCACGAUUGCAUCUCGUUCGACACUACAUACAUGACUAACAUGUACAACAUGCCCUUUGCCCUGUUUAUUGGAAUUAAUAGACACGGGCAGUUGUUCAUGUUGGGCUGUGGCUUUGUUAGGCAAGAAAUGGCAUCGAGCUUUGAUUGGUUGUUUGAGACGUUCCUUGAGGCAAUGAAUGGUAUAGCACCAACCAACAUCAUAACUGACCAAGACAUUGCGAUGGCACAAUCCAUCAAAAAGAUGUUUCCUACGAGUGUGCAUCAUUGUUGCCGUUGGCAUAUAAUGAAGAAGGCACAAGAGAAGCUUGGAUCAAUGUUGGUGCGAAACCCUGGUUUGUCGCGUGAUUUCAAUGAAUGUGUUGACUUCAGCUUGACACCAGAGGAGUUUGAGACAGGAUGGAAUGCUCUCUUGUUGAAGUAUGAGGUUUACCCCAACCAGGAGUGGGUUGUGAAGUAUGGAUCUAGAAGCUACUACGUGACAUGUGAACCAAGUGUUGAAGACAAUUGA